UGAGAAGUAUGAGAUACAGAUUUUGGACAAAGAGUUUUGACCAACGAGUUGAAUGGUUUAUGGAUAAAGUAAAAGAAUCUAAGUAUCAAAGGGGAUUGGCCACAUUUACAAUCGAUGGUGGCCACAAUGUGUGUUCUUCUUGCUUCAAACUGCUGCUCAAAAUAAACAAAAACUUCUACUACAAGUAUUGCAAAAAAGCUUCAGAAGGAAAAUCAGCAGCUUGCUAUAGAAAUGCCAGAGGAUUUGGGAUGGCAAGAGAAGGAGCCAUUGUCUGGUUGCAAAAUUAUGAGUAUUUUCAUGCAGACAGAAUGCCUGAUAAUGGCGAUAUGAUGCUGCCAUUCAAGACAAGAAAAAGUGAUCUUUAUGAUUUAUAUGUUGAUGAAAAAAUACAGAAAAUAGAAAUAUCCAUCAAAUAUGCAUACACUGUCAGCCGGUCAGCAUUUUAUGAAAUUUGGAAAACAGACUUUCCAAAGUUGAAGAUUAAGCAGACAAAUUCAUUUUCUAGAUGUAGUACAUGUGUGCACAUUGAACGAGAGCUAGAAAAAACACGGGAUCCUGUUAAAAGAGGAAAGCUAAAAGAUAUGAUGUCUGUUCAUAAUCAAAGGCAAAUGAAAGAGAGAAGAUACUACUACAAGAAAAGGGAAUUGGCUAGGGGCAACCCCAGCCAUUUUCUUAGUAUUAUCAUUGAUGGCAUGGACCAGAGUAAAACUAAUUUGCCACAUUUCACAGGAAGACUUAUGAAGGGUGUUGACCCAAACAGUUUUUUGAAGACUCAUAUUCAAGGAGUAUUGAAUCAUGGACUAGAAUCACUAGAUUUGUAUGUGGAUAUUAAUGAAUAUAUGCAUGAUGCAAAUCUAGUAAUGAAUAUCAUAUUGAAAAGCACAUACAAGGCUUUAUUAAAAACUGGAUUUCUACAGAGCACGUUUUACAUUCAAGCUGACAACUGUGCCAGAGAAAAUAAGAAUAAAUUUGUCCUUGGUUUCUGUGAGCUACUUGUUACUUUGGAUAUAUUCAAAGAAGUCCAUUUAUCAUUUCUCCAUGUAGGGCAUACUCAUGAAGACAUUGAUGCUUCCUUUUCCCAAUUAUCAAUGAAGUUGAGAAAAUCUGAUGCAGAGACGAUGCCAAAACUUCUUUCACUUCUAAAUGGAGCUAAGCAAUUAAGAGGUCUUUUUGACAUCAAAACCUGGCUGGAACCAUGUUUGAAUCAGAUCAAAAAACAUUCCAAACCACUUCAUUUUAAGUUCAGCAGAGACAUAUCCCAGAGAGUUGUUAUGCACUACCGGCCCAACAGCAGUCGACCAUGGACUCCCACUGUAGAAACUAUGCUUCAUGCAGUCCCUUCUGGCAAACCACAAAUACUCAUACCUCCAAACUUCCAUAAAAUUGAUACAGCAGCCAUAAGGAAAAACAUCGAAAAACUACAAUACCAAAUGUCUAGAGAUGGCGAGUACAAAUGGUGGCAGCAGUAUUUACAAUACUUACAACUUGUAAAAGAUGACAAUGAAGUGAUGGUUGAUUAUGCCAGAAGAGAGGCAGACUGGUUAUUACCAAAAUUAGUGAACAAACAGAAGCAAAAAGAAAGCUUUAAUGAGGACAUUGAGAGCCAUUUAUAUGAACUGCUAGACAGAGAGCUUGAUGACCAUAAGAUAGUCCUUUCAAAGGCAAAACCUAAGAAGAAGUUGAAGAAAAAACAGGAAAAGAAAUAA